AUGGCCAUCUCCACCGACAAGAAAAAGCCUGCGUUUGUCUUGGUGCCUGGGGCCUCUCAAAACCCAGCACAUUACGCCCACCUCCUCCACCUCCUGCAGUCCGCUGGGUAUGGGGCAACCACCGGUCUGCUCCCCAGUGUCGGUGCCCAGGGCGAGGUGACCGCCGCCGAUGAUGCCGAUUACGUGCGCAACCGCCUGAUCCUCCCCAUCCUUGAUAUUGGCAGCCAGGACGUGAUCCUGAUCAGUCAUUCCUACAGUGGGAUGCCCGCCAGCGCGGCUGCGCACGGGCUCGGUCCUGCUGACCGCGCCGCCGAGGGCAAGGCCACCUCCGUCGUCGGCCAGAUCUUCAUCGCGACUAUCCUGCCCCGCGGUGGAGUAAGUGUCAUCGAUUCCUUUGGUGGACACCUGCCCCCUCACAUGUAUAUCGAUCCUCCCCUCUUCUACGAUGUAGAACCGACCCUUGCCCACGCGGCCACGCAAUCCUCUCUCAGUGAGGGACUGAUCUCAUUCUCAAGCCCCUGCCCCGAACCGAGUUGGGACACCGAGGCCUUUCGUGGCCGGGUCGCCUACAUUCACACCCUCAAGGACCACGCCGUUCCGUACGAGGCGCAAGUCGCCAUGGUCCAGGCCACCGGGGUGAAAUGGAUCACCCGCGAGGUUGCGGCUGGUCACAGUGUACAGCUAUCCGCCCCAGAGGAGCUGACCAGGAUCAUUCUGGAGUUGGCCGAACAAUUCCGUUCAAACUGA